GCAGCAACACGAAUUCUGAAAUAAACGUUACUCUGAUAAAAUAACCGGACAAGGAACCCGUGACUGUCUCGUUUGUAAUUAAAACAAAAAACCACAAUAAAAUAAUGGGUGUCGAAGUCAAAGUUAUUCAAGAAGGGAGUGGAGGCAAGCCCCAAAGUGGUCAGACCGUCCAGGUUCACUAUACUGGAACCCUUACAAACGGGAAUAAGUUUGACUCCUCAAGGGACCGCGGAAAGCCAUUUGAAUUCAAACUUGGGCAAGGCCAGGUUAUCAAAGGAUGGGAUGAAGGUGUAGCCCAGAUGAGUAAGGGAGAAAGAGCCACGUUGACCUGUUCUCCAGAUUAUGCCUAUGGAGCCAAAGGAUACCCACCAGUUAUCCCUCCCAAUUCAACAUUGGUCUUUGAUGUGGAGCUUCUUAACUUCUUUUAAUGAUUUCGAAGACAGUCAUCGAUAUGCCCCUCAAUGAAUGUUAUCUUGAGUAGAUUUUAGUGGUUUUUCUUCUAUCCCGUUGAUUGUACCUCAGGUAUCGCAUUUGGAACACAUUGCAGAUCCACACCAUCCAACCAUUUAAAGCAACAAGCCAACUUUCUACGUGUGUCUCACCAAUUUUAUAGAGGGAAAUAUUUCUAUCUAUCGUGAUGUAAAAAAAGGACUAGAAUAUCGUUACGUACAGUAUAACAGGGUGUUUUUCAAUUUGCCUAUGAUAUAUAUUUUCAAUGUUUGUGUUAUGCUUGUUGGUUUCCGAGGAGAAUGUCAUUGUCGAGCUUGCUCUUUAAUGAUGAUGCAUACCAGGAGGGUGUUUCAUAAAGCUGUUCAUAAGUUAAGAUCGACUUUAAGAACGACUGGUGGACCUUUCUUACGUGCUAAUCUAUCACCAAUGAACAUUGAAUGGUGCAUAUCAUUUACCACAAGAAAGGAUCACCAGUUGUUCUUAAAGAAGCUCCUUACUUAAGAACAGCUUUAAGAAACAUCCACCAGGGAUGUAGUCGGAGGCUGACCUCGAGGCUGCGUUUUGCCAGCCUUGGUCUUGGCCGGAGUCCUGCGUGCAAAAUCUAUGGGAGAUGGUUUUCUCCAGCGUCCUUGAGACUCGGAACUACUGGCCUAGACUGCAUCCUUGAUGCAUACAUAAGAGGGCCUCAGUUAAUAAGCUGUAGCUAACAGUGAUCAAAGAAUAGCAGGGCCCUGUUUCAUAAAAUUUUCUAUUAUGGUUUUACUUUGCCAAUCCAAUGGUACAUGUAUCUACCAUGGUAACGCUGAUCAACAGCCAAUCACAACUAAGGAUUGCAUGCAGGCUACCAUCUGCAUGGCAAGGUAACUUAAUGCAACGGGGCCCAGAUGCUUCUUAGCAGGUUAUAGCUUGAAUUUAGUCCCAUUUAACUUGGCCAUGAGAAACUUACACUUACCCAACCAUAACCAUGGCGCUAGUGUGGAAGUUGUACUAUACAUAUCGUACGCCAGUGUGCAUAUAUAAAUGGGUUCGCUAUGUACAAUACGAUGUACCUCUUUUAGAAAUAAUUCAGCAAGUUUUCUUGAUGUCUUCAAGCUUUAUGUUGGGACAUAUGAAUUCUACCCAGUAGGCAGUUUUGAAACCUGCAAAUCACAGUGUAACGUACGUACACCCAAAUUGUUGUCUUAAGCGACAUCAUAAAGUCUUUUAAUAUAUCCAAAACAAUCAAGAAUCAAAUUUGACAAGAAGAAUACAAAACACUCAAUUAAAUUGUACAUAUAUGUUGUUGAUCCUCACUAUUUGAUGACUACAAUUUUUGUGCAAGCAAAUUUUUUUUUUUUUUUAAUAAUAAAUGUACACCUGUCUUUGUAUCCUGUAAUAUAUACAUGUAGUGGAGACCUGCAAGGCCUUUGCCUUUCGGUUGCAUGGCUGUAGUCAAGAUAAGAAAUUGAAUAACACUGCACUUCAUAGAGUCAUUCGCAUCAUGGGAGAAACAUGUUUGCACUCAAAUAGCUUGCAUGAAUAUUGUCUAUUUUCAUUUGAGUUGACUGUAUAAUGCUAAAAAGUUAUCAACUUGUCAGCUGUGUUGCAAUAUCUCUUCAUUUCUCCUGUGUAAGCCAUUGAUAUCACCACCCUGUUAUGUUUUCAGUGUAUAUUUUUGUAUCGUGAUUUUAACAGCUCUGGUGGCGUUUUAGGCAUCAGACAUUCGCUGUAGAUUUCGUUUUCCUUUUUGCAUUAUCUUUUAUAAUAUUUUUAUUUCAUCCCAUCGACCGGACCAAUUGAUAUUUCAGUCAUUCUACAUGAUUUUUGUAACAUUUUUUUUUUCAUGGCAGAUAAAUAAUCACCUGCAGUUGGAAAUCCAAUUAACUCAUAUUCUGUGCACUCUAUGCUGUUGUACUCACUGAUUAUUAAUUAUUCAUUAUUGUUUGUGGUGCCUUUGUACUAAAUACUACAUUUGCUUGAAUUAUAUCCUGCACACCCAGAAUCAGUUACAUCUAUACAUCAAUCAUGAAUAUAGAAAAAGUAAAAUGCUCUUUGUAUAUUUUGUUAAAAUAAUAAUAAUGAGACUUCUGAAGCGCCACAUCCACUCUGUAGAGUGCUCAAGGCGCAUAAAGAGCUAAGAGUUAGAUAGCAAAGUUUUUAGAAGAUUUUUGAAAGUUUCGACAGAGGUACAUCAAUAAAUCAAAUUAGUUGAUGAAUUAUUUAACAAUUUUUCUGACUGUUGAUAAAGAAUAUCAAUUACUGUAAUAAGAUGGAGGCAGUGUCACUAGGGGCAUAUGGUAUAAUGAAUUCUCCAAUGUACUUUUUUUAUAAUUUUUCUGCGAUACCGGUAUUUGUAAUCUAGUUAUCUUAGAAUGGCCUUGUAAGGUGUACCAGUUUUGCUUAACAUUGUAUAUCUCUCUUCUAUUUGACUAUUAUGCACAAAUUCCAGAGUAGACCCGUCAAAAUUUCAAGCUUUAUGUUCAUUAUUAUUGAUGUUGCACGUGAUUAGAGAAAAUCUCAAAUGAAAAGGAUAUUGAGCUACAAUGUAUCAAGGGUUAGCCUGCUUGUCAUAUAUUAGAUGUACUUAUAAAUGUGUUCACAUGUACAUUAUAUCAUCACCAUUAUCAUGUUCCUUGGACUGCAAAUUUUCACAGGUACUGCUGACAGAUUAGGUGUUUAUGGAAGUAAUGAAGGUUCAAAUACAUUUGUGGAACCUUCAUAAAACCAGUUUAACAGCCAAUGCAGAUUUUUUUUUCAUCAGCUUUUCUGCAAUCUGUGCCAGAGUAUGCCACAGUGCAAAGACUCUGAUGUUGAUUUAACACCUGCCUGGAAUCUAUGUAUGUCCACACCAGAGAAGUAUUGAAACAACACCAGUUUGGAAUCAAACGGAUGCUGUUUGAUACUCAUUGGUGUUGUAUUAACAUCUGUCUGAUGUUAGACCAAUACCAAACCGGUGUUGUUUGGUGUGGACAUAUAUAGAUUCCGGGCUGGUGUUAAAUCAACUCCAGAGUUUUUGCAGUGCAUGUAGUUGCCAGAUUAAUUGCUUUCUGUUAUGCUGCGGCCACAUUGACCAAACAGUCUCCAGGCCGAUCCAAGCUAUUACAUUAUUUGCUAUGGCACAACAUUGGUCGGUUUGGAGUCGCUUGUGUUGAUGUGACUGCAGCGUGUAAAAGCAAGUCACAAAGAUGUUCAGUACCUCCAUAGAACAACAGACCCACUGGAAAGAUGUAUCGGGCCUGCCACCAUACCUUUGGCACUGUUUUUUUGUUGUCUAACUUAAAAUGGUUCUCAUCUUUAAUAAGCAAACACAUUCGGAACUCCAACUACAACCCCCGGCUACAGCCUGAUCAAAUCUACUGUAUAGCAUUGCUUCAUUGGUGGGUGAAUGGAACUUUUCUAACUUGUAAUGAUGGGUCUCGUUUUAAUCACACAAAAUGCUCAAGGCUAUACCAUCCUGGGACUUUGCAAAUUUCAGUCAAUUUCAAUUCAUUUUAUCAAGAGGGCACAAGAUCAGCUACCGGUUUUUAAAAUGUUAUUUUUUAGAGCUUGUACAAUCAUCCUCUCUGUUGUGGCUUUUUUUAAAUAGUUUCUUUCUGUUUUCUAUUGUUUAUGUGCGCAUGUUUUCAACAAUAAUCAAGACAUAAUAAAUAUGUUCCUUCAGUGA